AUGUCGGCAUCAAUUUUAAUUGAUUACAAUCAAAUAAAUGGUUCCAUAUGUAUUACACUGCCAAUGCCAUCAAUAACUAUUCAAUUUGCCGACCAAAAUGGUGCGAUCAAUGUUCCAUGCACUUGCGCACGGAACAACCAAGCGUCCGAAUUAAUUGAAACGAAAGAAGAUAAACAUACAAAAGAAGAAUUCACUGAAAUAAAAGAAGAAAAGCCUAUAAAACAAGAAUCGAUUGAUUAUGACAAUGAAAUCAGCGAAUAUAUUUUGCAUGAAGAUGCAAAUCUCUAUCAAAAUAUGGUUUCGCCUAUUUCACUAUCAGAAUCUGAAAAUGAAGAAUUCAAUCAUUUAUGGCAAGAAAAUUUUAAUGAUAUUCCUGAAAUAGUUCAAUAUUUGAAACACGGUAUUGUAUUAAAUUAG